AUGCCCAAUGGCUCGAUCCUCAAGACGAAGAUGCUCUUUCGCACAGACCGAGAAGCAGAGCACAAUCGCGAUCUGCGAAAGCAACGCCAGGUCACAAUCGUGAACCUCUCAGAAACAGCACGUGGAAGAGCCACGAGUGAUGUCACCGACAACUUCAGAAAUCUCCACCGUCAAACAAGCGAUAACAAUUCGGGGGCCACGUGGGCAAUCUACCCUAGGCCACGGUAGCGGCAAGCAUAGUGAAAAACACGUUGGAGGAAUUGCUUUCCGCUAUACCAGUCAAGCAGCCCAACGCGUCUCCACAAUGGAAAUCGACGACGAUUAAACGCGCAAUUGGAAAACGUAGUCCUCGGGUGUUGUAGUCGUGCUCUCUGCAGCAAUCCCCCAGUCACGUCCUGCAACACGUACGAUUGCUGUUUGCUCUACCUUCGUGUACGUAACAUCACGAAUCUUUACACAGGACAGAAGCUUUAGGUGUAACCAAUAAAGACGCAUUGCCAAUGGUGAACAGAACCUAGUUGGAUCGAAUAUAGCACCUGUUUCC